GGGAAAUCAGUUCCUGAGCUGCUGCUGUUCACUUUGGAGGAGCUGAAGAAAGGAGACUUUCAGAGAUUUAAAUGGCCUCUGAAUAAUAGUGUGCUGGAUGGCUUUUGUCACAUCCCAAAGGCCCAGCUGGAGCACACAGAGAGGGAAGACACUGUGGAUAUCAUGGUGCAGGCCUAUGAACUUAAGGGUGUUGUGAGGAUGUCACUGGAGAUCCUGAGGAAGAUGAACCUCAACAUUCUUGCUGAGAGACUACAAACUGAAAGCCUAUCAGGUAAUGACUCACAUUAGGUUUAAAUAUCAGACUUACUGUACAUUUUCACUCACUGUCUGACAAAGUGAAAUCCUGGGUUUUUUAUUACCAAUAUUGAAACUGAAACCUUUCAUUUUAGCAAUUACAGAGGAGUUGUUGGAGAGUAGGAAGACAGAUGAACCUCAACAUUUAAGUCAUUUAGCAGAUGCUCUUAUCCAGAGCGACUCACAGUUAGUGCAUACAUUAUUAUUUUAUACCCCCCGUGGGAAGCGAACCCACAACCCUGGUGUUGCAAACGCCAUGCUCUACCAACUGAGCUACAUCCCCGCCGGCCAUUCCCUCCCCUACCCUGGACGACGCUGGGCCAAUUGUGCGCCGCCCCAUGGGUCUCCCGGUCGCAGCCGGCUACGAGAGAGCCUGGAUUCGAACCAGGAUCUCUAGUGGCACAGCCACUGCACCACUCGGGAGACCAGAGGAGGACACUGCUCCUGAACCUCUUCCACCAGAGGAGGACACUGCUCCUGAACCUCUUCCACCAGAGGAGGACACUGCUCCUGAACCUCUUCAACCAGAGGAGGACACUGCUCCUGAACCUCUUCCACCAGAGGAGACAAAGCUUCCCAAACCGUCUCCCAGAGGAGGAUCUCUCCUGUCCUCUGUGCCAUGACAUCUUCAGGGAUCCUGUCAUCCUGCUAUGUAGUCAUAGCUUCUGUCAAGCCUGUCUGCAAGAACACUGGAGAGAGAAGGAAGGAAAGGAAUGUCCUGUUUGCAGGAGAAGAGAUGCAAAAAGUCCAACAGGAUCAGAGUUGCUCUGUAGUCUGCACAGUGAGAAACUCAGGCUCUUCUGUCUGGAGGAUAAACAGCCAGUGUGUGUGGUGUGUCGGGAUUUAAAAAAACACACCAAACACAACUUCAGACCCAUAGAUAAAGCUGCACAGGACCACAAGGUAUGAUUGGUUAAAGAUGUGAAGUUAAACACAUAAAUUGUUCAUAUAAUUGUUAUCUCCCUACGCCCCUCUCUCUCUUUCUCCGAUAACAUCCCCACAUUCCAGGAGGAACUCCAGACUGCCCUGAAGCCCUUACAGGAGAAGCUGGAGGAUUUAAAUAUUAUUAAACAAACCUGUGAUCAAACAGCAGAACACAUCAAAGUAAGGAUAUUUAGUGAUGAGAGAAUUCUGUGAUCUCUACAUACUGUAGAUGCCUGGGAGUACCUGAUAAUAACUACCAUUCCUCUCAUUGUCUCUAGAGCCAGGCCCAGACCACAGAGAGACAGAUUAGGGAGGCAUUUGAGAAUCUUCACCAGUUUCUACAAGAGGAAGAGGAUGCCAGGAUAGCUGCGCUGAGGGAGGAAGAGGAGCAGAAGAGUCAGUUGAUGAGACAAAAGAUUGAGGAGAUCAGCAGAGAUAUCAUCACUUUCAGACACACUCAGAGCCAUCCAUAGAGGAUGAGCUGAAAUCUGAAGACAUAUCUUUCCUGCAGGUCAGGACUAAUAUGUUUAUUGACUGAUCAAUAAAUAUUGAUUGAUUGUUUCAUUAAAUCUGGUAUUUUGUUCCUCUGCAGAUCUUCAAGGCUUUGAAGGAAAGGUAAGUGAUCUGCCUCCUGUCUUUCUCUUCUCUGUGGUUCUGAACCCAACCCCACAGCAGCACUGACUCCUGACUGUUCUUCCAGAACCUAGUGCACACUGCCAGAUCCACACCUGGUCUCAGGAGCGCUGAUAGAUGUGGCCAAACACCUGGGCAACAUGCAGUCACCUGGGCAACAUGCAGUUCAGAGUCUGGGAGAAGAUGCAGGCGUAUGUGGCAUG